CACGGUCACAAUAAGGCAAAUAAUCCCACUACCUGCGUCAACUCCUCAGUGGCAGGCCAACGUCUCACAUGCAAGAAGAAGAAACAACUAAAACAAAAUCAAAAUUCUAAUCAAAAUAGGAGAUAAUUAAUUAAUUAGUCUAACAAUCUCCAUGACUAAACCUUUGGCCAAUUUGCUUCUCUUUGCUCUCGAUUUAUUUGCAGUAUUCUCGUUAAGUUUAGGGGAUGCUUCUUCAUAUCCUUCUUGGAAACUGGGGACUGUAAUUGGUAUUGACUUGGGGACGACAUACUCGUGUGUGGGCAUGUACAAAAACGAUGACAUUGAUAUCACAGCAAACGAUCAAGGCAAUCGCAUAACUCCCUCUUGGGUUGCCUGCAGUGAUACCGAUCGUCUGAUCGGAGAGGCUGCCAUGAAUCAAGGGGCUCUCAACGCAGACCGCACUGUGUUUAAUGUCAAAAGACUCAUUGGAAGAAAGUUUGAGGAUCCAGAGGUGCAGAGAGAUGUAAAGAUGAUGCCUAAUCAGAUUGUGAAUAAGGAUGGGAAACCAUAUGUGCAAAUGAAGCUUAAUGGUAAGACUAACGUAUUUAGUCCCCAGGAGAUCACUGCCAUGACUUUGAAGAAACUGAAGGAGGCAGCUGAGGGUUUCUUGGGAGAGAAGAUCAAAGAUGCUGUUAUCACUGUUCCAGCAUAUUUCAAUGAUGCACAAAGGGAAGCAACCAUGGAAGCAGGCACUAAAGCGGGGCUCAAUGUGAUUCGGAUUAUGGGCGAGCCGAUAGCGGCCGUCGUGGCCUCUGGUCUAGACUGGAAAGUGAAGGAGAAGAACAUCUUGGUUUAUGAUCUUGGAGGUGGCACUUUCGAUGUCACCAUUGUGUGCAUUGAUGAUGGAAUGUUUGAGGUUCGUUCCACAAGUGGAGACACCCAUUUGGGAGGAGAAGACUUUGAUCACAGAAUCGUGGACUAUUUCAUUAAAUUGAUCAAGAACAAAUAUGGCAAAGACAUCAGUGAAAAUAACGAAGCUCUUGGGAAGCUAAGGAGGGCAUGUGAAAAAGCUAAGAGAGCAUUGAGUAGCCAGCAUCAAGUUAGAGUCGAAAUCGAGUCCCUUUUUGAUGGGGUGAAUUUUUCGGAACCGUUAACUAGAGCCAAAUUUGAGGAAUUGAACAUGGACUUGUUCAAGAAAACCUUGGGGCCAGUGAAAGCGGCACUGGCAGAAGCCCGAUUGAAGAAAUCUGACAUUGAUGAAAUUCUGCUCUUCGGAGGAAGUACUCGGAUUCCAAAAAUUCAGGAAUUGUUGAAAGAUUUCUUUAAUGGGAAGGAGCCGUAUAAAGGUGUGAAUCCUGAUGAAGCUGUGGCUCAUGGAGCUGCAGUUUAUGAUGGAAUUCUUAGUACUGAUGAAAGAUAUCAAAGCAUUUACGAGACCUUUUUGGUUUUUGUGACUCCCUUAAGUCUUGGUAUCGAAACUGCUGGUGGGGUUAUGACUAGGUUAAUUAACAAGUAUGCUAACAUUCCUACCAAGAAGUCUCAGGUUUUUACCACUUACCAGGAUCAGCAAACCUCUGUUUCUAUCAGGAUUUUUGAAGGUGAAAGGAGCCUGACAAAGGAUUGUAUUGAGCUUGGAAAGUUUAAUUUCUCUGGCAUUGCUCCUGCUCCAAGGGGAGUAGCCAAAAUUCAGGUAACACUUGAGGUUGAUGUCAAUGACAUCAUAACUGUAAAAGCUGAGGACAAGGCAACAAAAAAGUCAGAGUCCUUCACCGUAAUCUCUGACAAGAGGCGUCUGACUCAAGAAGAGACCGAAAGAAUGAUAGAGGAGGCUGAGGAAUUUGCGGAAGAAGAUAAGAAAAUGAGAGAGAAAAUUGGAGCCAGGAACGAACUGGAAAGCCCCAUCAAUGAGGACAAAGAGAAUAAGACUGAUGGUGAUGAUAAGGAGAAGCUUGGAAGCUCCAUGAAGGAGGCCCUGGAAGACAACCAGAAUGCUGAUAAUCCUAUUAUUAGACAGGUUCAUGAGAAGAGUGGCGGUGCAAGUUCAGGUUAUUCACAAUAACAAGAAGACAAAGAUGAAUACCAGCAUGAAUAAAGGAGAGAAAGAUGAUAAAAAAGAAGAAGGAAUUCAGUUUUUUAUCAUAAGAAAUUGAAUUCAGAAUUGACAAUAUUAAAAAUGAGCCAUUAAUACACAUUCUGAUUUUUAUUUUAA